CUUGUUCAUAAAACAUUUUUUUGGCCUCAGCAAAUGUUGAGCUCAUGAGUCACGAUGCUUGCAACUGAGAGAGAUUUCCGCCCAAAAAUUGAAGCUUCCGUUCCCAAAUAUGAUCUCCAAGGGCAAUCAGUCGCUAUUAUAGGAUUGGGGAAGUCUGGGAUUGCAGCGGCUAAACUUGCUCUUGCUAGAGGUGCUUCAGUUCUCGCCCUUGACCAGAAUGAGACGUUGAAACCGCUGGAGCAAACACUUUUAAAUGUUAAAGAUGGUCGUUUGAAGACAGUUCUUGGUUGUUUUGAUCAUGAGUUAUUUGAUGAGGCCGAUCUCAUAGUUGUUUCCCCAGGAGUUGCUCUGGAAAAUUAUUGCCUAUCAUCUUUGUUGCAAUCUGGAAGGCGUGUGAUAUCUGAGUUGAAUUUUGCUGCUGAAGUUCUCCCUCAGUGCACAAAGGUUUUGGCUGUCACAGGAACUAAUGGAAAAUCUACAGUGGCCACUUUCGCCGGACAGAUGCUCAACCAUUCCAACAUCAGAACAUUUGUUGGGGGAAACCUUGGUAUUCCUCUCUCAGAAGCAGCUUUUGAGUGCUUGUUAUCACCUCAAGAACCUUACCAGGCUGCUGUAGUGGAAGUAAGCAGCUAUCAGCUUGAAAUUCCAAACAAGUUCUUCUUGCCUUCGGUUUCUGUGAUCUUAAAUCUCACUCCUGAUCACCUAGAGAGACACAAGUCUAUGACUAAUUAUUCCACGAUCAAGUGCCGUGUACUUUCCCACAUGAGUGGCAGAAAGAUUGCCAUUCUUCCCAUGGGAAAUCCAUAUAUAACUGAUGCCAUUGCGAGUCAUGGAAAUGAAUGUAUGUUUGCUUGGAUUGGUGCUUAUCCUGGUAUUAAAGUUGACAUGGAGCAGAAAGUAGCCAACUUCAAUGUCCCCGGAAUUGGGCUUCUCUCGCAGUUGCCAUUGAAUGCAAUGAAGGCUGUUGGAACACACAAUUACUACAAUGCUGCUAUCGCUGCAUUAUCUGUUAUCGGGCUGGACGUUGGAAUUGAUACUGCAGCCAUCAGUUUAACAAUUGAUAGAUUAAAAGCUCCACCUCAUAGAAUGCAAAUUGUUCAUGAAGAUGGUAAUGGAGUAACUUGGGUAGAUGAUAGCAAGGCAACCAAUGUCGAAUCAACAUAUGCUGGCUUAACUGGUCUCAAAGAAAAGAAGGCAGUGGUUUUGCUUGGUGGUCUUUCAAAGAUUUUGGACGCCCAAGGUUCUAAUGGUUUCGAGCAUCUGAUGGAGCCAUUGAAGAACCACCGAGGUGUUGUCACUUUUGGUUCUUCAGGAGCGCUGAUCCAAGACACUCUAUCGUCUCAUGGUCUUGCCAUUCCUUGUUUACAAGCAAAAGAUCUUAAGGGCGCCGUGAGCUUAGCAAAGAACAUGGCAAAACCUGGGGAUGUCAUAUUACUGAGUCCAGGUUGUGCUAGUUUUGAUGAGUUCAUAAAUUUUGAGCAUAGAGGAAAGUUCUUUCAAGAGCUUGCCCUAUCCAUGAAGGUCUAGUUGAGACCAUCGACUUGUUUGUUGACGCUAGGAUUUUGAUCAAGAUUCUCUGAGAAAGCGGGAUUUAGCUGUGCCCUCUUUAGCUGCAUAAUUUCCCGACAACACAUGCCCCAAGUGGAUACUAUUUAUAUACAAGCCCUCCAAUAAUUCGUGCUUUUGCUAGCUUCCCUAAGAGCAUCGUUAACGGGGGAGGCCGGGCCGCAAAACGCGAGUCCCGACCCGUCCUACGAGUUGGAGAGGUGGAGGUUCCGGCCCAGGCCGGUCCCGGGGCUGCAGUUGCGGCCCGGUGACGCUCCCGCGGUGCGGCCUUGCCGACGUUGGAGCUUCCGGGGCGAGGGGGUUCAGGCCGCUCCUGUGCCCCAAGUUCUGAAUUUUUACAUUUUGGA